UCCAGUUCCUUGUCUUUUUUAUAGACUAAAACAAAACACUGCUGGCCUCAGCCAUGUUGACUCCUGCAUCUAGGAGCUGCUUGCCCCCUCUGGGCAGGGGAAGGGGCUUCUGGCUGCUGCAGGCAUGCAGGGGGGCUGUGACCCAGGGGAGGACAAUCACAGGGGCAGCAGCUGAGGAGGUCCAAGGAGAGAAGAAGAUGAAGACCUUUGAAGAUCUCCCUGGACCUUCCCUUCUCACCAACAUGUACUGGUACUUCGUGAGAGGAUACAUUCUGCACAGUCACCAGUUACAAUUAAUAUACAAGAAGCGCUACGGACCGCUCUACAAAACAGCUCUUGGGCCGUUUAAAAUGGUGAACAUAGCCGACCCCGAGAUCCUGCAGGCCAUGCUGAGGCAAGAGGGCAAAUACCCCAUGAGAACGGAGAUCGAUAUCUGGAGGCUUCACCGGGACAGCAGGAAUCUUCCUUACGGACCAUUUACAGAGAUUGGGCAUAAGUGGCACACGCUCCGUACUGUUCUGAACAAGAGGAUGUUAAAGCCGGCGGAAGCGAUGAGCUACGCCGGGAGCAUCAAUGACAUCGUGACGGAUUUUGUGGAGCGUCUGCAGGCGAGACGCAGGGAGAGUCCUUCCGGUGACAUGGUGAACGACAUCGCCAACGAAAUGUACAGGUUCGCUUUCGAAGGGGUGGCGUACGUAGUAUUCGAGACCCGAAUUGGGUGCCUGGACGAACAGAUCCCCCCCGAGACCCAGAAGUUCAUCGACUCCAUCAGCUUGAUGUUCCGGAAUUCCGUGUUUGUCACGUAUACCCCGAGGUGGUCGUGGAAACUUCUGCCGUACUGGAAACGGUACAUCGAAGGCUGGGAUAACAUUUUUGAGUUCGGAAGAAAGUUAGUAGACAAGAAGAUGGGUGAGAUACAGUCCAGGCUUGAGAAGGGGGAAGAGAUAGAAGGAGAGUAUCUGACCUACCUGCUUUCCAGCGGCAAACUCACCAGCGAUGAGGUGUACGGCAGCGUGUGUGAGCUGCUCCUAGCCGGGGUGGACACGACUUCCAACACUUUGUCCUGGGCGUUGUAUCACUUGGCACGGGAUCCAGAGCUUCAGCAGACCCUGUACGAAGAAGUCAUUAACGCAGUUCCCAUGGAUCGCAACCCAACAGCUGAGGACAUCACCAACAUGCCCCUGCUAAGGGCCGUCAUUAAGGAGACUUUGCGGCUUUAUCCUGUGGUGCCAACCAACGCCAGGCUUGCGAGCGAGAAGGAAGUGGUGAUUGGGGAUUAUCUGUUUCCUAAAAAGUCUCUUUUUGUGUUGGCUCAUUACGCAAUAGCCAGAGAUGAGGCAAAUUUCCCCGAACCCGAUUCGUAUCUGCCCCAGCGGUGGCUGCGAGACGGAGGGAUGAAACACCAUCCGUUCAGCUCCAUUCCCUUCGGCUACGGGGUGCGCGCAUGCGUGGGCCGGCGGAUUGCUGAGCUGGAGAUGCAUCUGGCUUUAUCUCGAAUAAUCAGGACGUUUGAGGUCAGACGAGACCCUAAAGGGGGUGACAUCAAAUCCAUUGCACGCAUUGUUUUAACCCCUAGCAAGCCGAUUAACUUACAGUUCUUGGAGAGAAAGCCUAGCAGUGUCUAGACUACAUCUGACAACGAAUAAAAAUAUUUAUUUUCUUCCUGCCGAA